UUGAGUCUAUUAAUCUGUGGGUUAAGUUCACUUUUUUUGUUUUUGUUUUUGACUGGUUUUUGAUUUUUUGAGCAAAUUCUCGAUUAUUUGUAAUUUUAUCUUUCGUUCUAUUAAAAUAUUAAAAAUAUUUUGGGAUCAUCAGAGCUUCAAGCAUCGUACCUUUAAUCCCAAGACGUUUUUCGGAUUUUUAGGUCUACGUAUGCGAAAACAUGGAAGCAGAUUCAACAACCCAUGAAAGUUACACGAAAUCUCACAUCAAUGAUAUUUCUUUACCGUUCAGCACAAGUCCAGGCAACCUCAACCUUUAUAAAGAGUUUAUAUGUGACGAUGGAAAUCAAAAUUUGGAAAGUCAAAUAGUGAGUCGUUUGCAAUCCAUUGAACUGUUACCUACGAGUGUCACAUGCCCCACGAAUGGAUCCAAUUGUAAACUUGUAUGUCGACCUGCUCGAGUUAUAGAUAGAGUCCAAUGGGUGUGCGAAGGGUGCAGCAAAAGGCUUCCAAUCAGAACAGGAUCAUUCUUCUUUAAGAUACAAUGUUCUAUACUGCAGACAAUGCAGUUGAUACUGGCCUGGUGUGAAGAUGCUGAUUUUACAGCCGCAGCACAAUAUUUUGAUGUAAAGCCCAGAGUUGCAAGUUCAAUAUAUGACAAGCUGGACUUACUAGCAAUAAAUGAGCUGAAGAAAAGCAAGCUGGGAGGUGAUAAUGCUGUUGUGCUCAGUGAGAUAUAUCCGGACUGCUUGAACAGGCUCUCUCCAGACACUACCGACCAGCCACAUGUUCAUAGGAUAUUGAUGGUCGCUGACACCAAACACAUCCCUACUCAUUACAGGCUUCAUGUAAUUAGAGAUGAUCUGAAAAAGUCUCAAAACAAUCAGGAACAGUCCCUCAAAGAAGAAAUAGAACAAGUGAUACUUAGUGAAACAGAACCUAGCUCGUUGUUGGUGAUGGGCAACAGUGUGCCUUUGGAUGGAACAGUUUCUCUGCAGCAGCUUAUUCAGCAUUGCGACAUAGAUAUGCAGCAUUUCUUGACUUCGCGUAUUUGGUCUCAAGCGCUGACCCUAUGUUCGGCAUCUCGUGACCUCUGCACGGGUACUCCCACACAUAUAUGCGCCUCCGCCGUGCAGCGAUACCUCGACACCUCCUUGUACCGGCUGCGGUAUGGAGACGGCUUCUACAACCACAUGCUGAGGGCUAUAGCUGAUGAGUUCACUCAGAAUUCCUCAAUAUCCACUUCACAGGAUGCUCCGGUUUGAGCAAGUUUUCUAAUUGUCUAGAAUCCUACUCAAAGUACAGACAUUAUCAUUAACAUUUGAUCGUAGAAGAGUUUUGUUAUUAUCCUAAAGGUGCCAGUGCACUUCAUAGAUGCAAAAAUGUCCUGCCUACCCUGAUAACUCAUUAUGAACUUAUAUCAGAGGAGGAAUUUUCCCUUUUGUACAAUUUGAAGCUAUGAUGCAUACCCUAGUUUAAAACCUUGUGCACGCCACUGUAAGCUGCAUAUGUCUAUAAGGGGUCUGGCUAUGACCAAUAAAAUAGCCUAAUGAUGUUAAAAGGGAGAGGGUAGCCGAAGUGUGACAAGGGAAGGGACAGGGUUCCAAGUUAAGUGUCGUCAAUAUGUCAUAGUUUUAACCCCCCCCCCACAAUAAUGUGUGACGUAAUUUAUAAAUCUCUUCUUUCAGUUUAUAGAUAUUAUAAAAGCCAGUUAAAAUUCAUAUUUUGAAAGUCACUGAGUUGGCAAAUAACCCCGUCGGUUGUGUUGUAGUUAUAAUAUUAAUAAAUGUGCCUUUAGUAUUAAAAAAUGUGCCUUUAGUGUUAAGUCUUCCAGUGUGGCCUUGAUAUUUUCAUUUUGAUUGGAAUUAUUGAUAUUGUUUGUUGAUAUUAUUUUGAAUUGUAUUCUCAAAAAACUUUUUUUUUUGUUGUUCGCUUAAUAUACAGUUGUUAUUUACAACAAAGAACACUUUGUUACUAUUAUCACAGAAAUGUUAAAAUAUGGCUGAAGCUAAAAAUUUGUCAAUUUUAAAGUAAUAUUGUCUACUAUUUUAAUUAUUAUUAUUAGAUAGUUAUAAGUAUUAUAAUUUUAAGUUUAAAUUGUUUCAUUGACACUAAGUUUGUACAAAAAAAGGUCUCAUACAUUACUCUGACUCAUGUUUUUCGGUUAUUAAAGACUUACUUAGGUUAAGUACAAUUUUUUUUUUCAAUACAUCAACUUCAAUUAAUGUAAAAUUAGUAAAUAAUCAAGUUCGGACCGGAAGGAUAAGGAUCGAAUCCUUGGAAGGUAGCAAGUUUUAGCCAGAUUCUAGACCGUUUUUUAAGUGAACUGAUAACUUCUUAAGAGAAGCUAUACCUCUUCGUAACGUAACGCGUUACGGUGCCACUCUGUCUGGAUUCCGUCUUUCUCUCACGCAUGCGGCAGCAGGUUUAAGACAAGAUUUUAUUUUACAAGAUUAUCCGCAGUAAAUAUAAAAAACAAAGUGUGUAUUAUACUUAAAUGUAUUAUGGAAACCUUGAAAUCUGCUACCUCUCAAACUGCCACCAUACCAAUAUACCUAAUACCUACGGUAUAGCUUGACGAGUUAGUUCGUAACACUCCCGAUGGUCCGCGCGGGCCGGGAGUAGCGAUGCCCCCGCGCGCCUGACUUUAUACCCGCGCAGCCCUUCCUGCCCCGUCGCCCGCAUAUCAUGGGAGUGUCAAGCUUAUAGAAGAAUGACCAAGGUAUGGCCAAACUGGUCCCUGGCUCUUGGACCAAUAUUUGAUAUUCAUUGUGAUCUUGUAGGCCUAGAUCAACAUCUUGUGAAGAGAAAAAUACAUUGUCAACCAAUAGCGGCAGUAUCGAAAGUAGCGCUAUCUCUUCCUUUUGCGAUGGAACGACAGAGAAAGCGAUGUUUUCGAUGCAGUCGCUAUUGGUCGACAAUGUCUAUUGAAUAGUUUGCACAAUCUUGUCUUCCCAUUGUUAAAUAUGGUUAUUACUUAUCUUCUCAUUAUUAUUGUGAUUUUUUUCUUUUUUAUUAAUUUAACAAUGUUCAUAAGAAUAUAAUCUAAGUUUCAUCUUCUAGUAGGUAUCAAUCCUUAGUGAGUAACAUUAUUUCAGUUGACUGUUGUUUAAACACAUUAUUGUUUAAUAUAUUUUAAACGGCGAAACCCUUUGAAAAGGUUGCAACUUAGUAACUAACUCACUGACUGAUGUUAAUUUAUAAACAUCUUUCUGCUUUGCGACGCGCCUUCAGUUUUCGCACUAAGUCAUUCUGGGUAGGUAGGUAUUGAACUUUGAACCUUCCAAAAAUGAAAUAUCUCUAAGAUGUGGCAAGUAUCAAUAAAUGUAUUUUCUAAGGAAUUGAUAAUUCUAAAUGUUAUAUUUUACCUUAAUAAAAUGUUGUUUAGCAAAUAAAA